AUGUCUUGUAGUAUUGCUACUGGUAUUGGUGGUAGUACUGCUGCUGCUGCUGCUGCUGCUACCAGCUCACCCAACAACAAGAAACAGAAGAUGUCUCCUCCCUUCGAUUCUCUUUUGUUUGCUGAUGAUUUGAUUUUGGUCCAAGGCAUUCUAUCAUUUGUUGGUGUUGGACAGUACGCGUUUGUAGGAGCUGUCAACAAAAAGAUGAAUCAAAUGUACAAAGAGUACUGCACACUUGAACUCAAGAAAAAUCCAAGAAUGCAACGUGCAGAAUACUGGCUCAAGGACAAUUCCAACAAUAAGACACCUUAUCGUGAUCAUGUUUGCACUGCCAUUGCCAAAACUGGAUCUAUUAUGGUCAUGAAAUGGGCACAACAACAAGGAUUCUCAUGGGAUGCAAAUACAUGUGCUGAAGCUGCCAAAAAUGGCCAUUUGGAAUUGCUCCAAUGGUUAAGAGAGAGUGGUUGUCGAUGGGAUCUAUGGACAUGCUCCAGUGCUGCUAAAAAUGGACAUUUGGAAAUUUUAAAGUGGGCUCGUGCAAAUGGUUGUCCAUGGAAUGAACGGACAUGUGCUGGUGCUGCUGAAAAUGGACAUUUGGAAGUUUUAAAGUGGGCUCGUGCAAAUGGUUGUCCAUGGAGUUUUUUGACCUGUAUGUUUGCUGCUCAGUAUGGCCAUUUGGAUACUUUAAAGUGGGCUCGUUCAAAUGGUUGUCCAUGGGGUGAAAUGACAUGUGCUCGUGCUGCUGAAAAUGGACAUCUGGAAGUGCUCCAAUGGUUAACAGAGAAUGGUUGUCCAUGGAAUGAUCAGACAUGUGCCUGUGCUGCUAGAAAUGGACAUUUUGAAUUACUCCAAUGGUUAAGAGAGAGAGGUUGUCCAUGGGAUCUAUGGACAUGUGCCUAUGCUGCGCUAAAUGGGCAUUUGGAAAUUUUAAAGUGGGCUCGUGAAAAUGGUUGUCCAUGGGAUGAAGCGACAUGUUACAAUGCUGCUAAGAAUGGCGAUUUGGAAAUUUUAAAGUGGGCUCAAGAAAAUGGUUGUCCAUGGGAUGAAUAUACAUGUGCCUAUGCUGCUCAGAAUGGCCAUUUGGAAGUUUUGAAGUGGGCUCGUGCAAAUGAUUGUCCAUGGAGUUUUUCGACAUAUCGAGGUGCCUGCAGGAAUAGCCAAAGUGAAGUGAUCCAGUGGCUACGUGACAAUGGCUGCCCUGGGUCUCUUUGAUGGACACUAAUAUAUCAAUGUUAUUGGUGCAAUGACAAAUGGCAUGU